AUGAAUUUUUGCAAAAUAUUUAUAAAAGAGGAAGCUGAAUUUCUGGAUGAAGAGGUGCGUGUGAAGGAGGAACCAGAAUGCCAGGAAACUGCAGGCUUGUGUGGAGUGAGUGAGGCAGCCGAGCUAGCUGGCCUGUACUCUGACCACAUUGUCAAGGAUGAGCUUGUGCUGGGGCCGGAGCUGCCACACCAGCCUGAUUUGGAGUGUAUCAAGACUGAGGUGUCAGGUAAAGAGUGGAUUUUUGUGGAGGUCUGCAAGGAAAUGCGCGACAAUAAUACCGGGCUCGGCGACGAGGAAAAAAGAAUCCACAUCGGCGAGAAACCCUUUAAUUGUGAUAUAUGUGACAAACAAUUUACACAAAAAGGACAUUUAACAGUACACAAACGCGCACACACCGGCGUCAAACCUUAUAGCUGUGAAAUGUGUAACAAGCAAUUUGCAAGAAGCGACCAUUUAGUAGAACACAAACGCGUACACAUCGGCGACAAACCAUUUAUCUGUGAGAUAUGUAACAAACAGUUUACACGAAAAGUACAUUUAACAGUACACAAACGCGUACACACCGGUGUCAAACCUUAUAGCUGUGAUAUGUGUGACAAGCAAUUUGCAAGAAAGGUUCAUUUAUCAGAACACAAACGCGUACACACGGGCGACAAACCUUAUAGCUGUGAUAUGUGUGACAGGCAAUUUGCAAGAAGCGGUCAUUUAUCAGAACACAAACGCGUACACACGGGCGACAAACCUUUUCUCUGUGAUAUAUGUAACAAACAAUUCACACGAAAAACACGCUUAACAGAUCACAAACGCGUACACAACUCCACUUUAACACAACAAAAACUCGUACACACCAGGGACAAAACCUUUAGCUGUGGUAUGUGUGAUAAACAGUUUAGUAGUAAGCACACCUUGACACUACACAAAGUGGUACACACCGAUGAGAAACCUUUUAGCUGUGAAAUAUGUAACAAGGAAUUUAGACAUAAAUGUACAUUAUUAAGACACAAACGCAUACACACCGGUGAGAAACCUUUUAGCUGUGAAAUAUGUAACAAGGUAUUUAGAUAUACUAGUACAUUAUUAGAACACAAACGCCUACAUACCGACUAUAAACCUUUCAGCUGUAACAUGUGCGACAAACAAUUCAGCCAUAAGAGCAAUUUAGCACGGCACAAACUGAUACAUACCGGUGACAAACAUUAGCUGUGAAAAUUGUAACUAGAAAUUUAGACAGCACCGUCACUCAAAAAGUCACAAAC